AUGUCGUGGUUUUUGCAAAAGAUCGUUCAUAAUGAGGCGAUGAGAACGGACCCCAAGGAGAUCUAUGGAUGGAGAGUCUAUGCGCUUGCCUGUUCGGCGUGUUGUGGCGGAAUGCUUUUUGGCAUGGACUCGGGCAUCAUUGGCGGAGUUCUCACGAUGCCUCCAUUUGAACAAACCUACGGCCUCGAAGGCCUCGACAGCGUCGCCAAAGCCAACCUCUCCGCCAACAUUCAGCCGAAAAGAUGGGGCCGAAGGCUUGCCCUCAUCGGGGCGGCUGUGGUUGGCAUUGUGGGAGUCAUCAUGCAAGCCUCAGCUAGUGGCCACCUCCCAGCGAUGUACGUCGGACGUCUCAUAACUGGCUUCGGAGUCGGCGCUGCCUCGAUGAUCAACCCCCUCUACGUCUCUGAGAAUGCACCACGCGCCAUUCGCGGCGGGCUCACGGGUCUUUAUCAGCUCUUCAUCACAAUGGGGAUCAUGCUCGCUUUCUGGAUCAACUACGGCUCUCUCCUUCACCUUUCCGGCUCGACAAUGUACCUCGUCCCACUAGCUAUGCAAGGUCUUCCCGCCGUGCUCUUGCUCGUGGGUAUGCUCCUCUGCAACGAGUCACCUCGUUGGCUCGCCAAGCAGGAUAGAUGGGAAGAAGCUCGCGCUACUUUGAGCAAAGUCCGCGCGCUACCUGCCGAUCAUCCAUACGUCGAAAACGAGUUCCAGGCUAUCGCAAUGCAGCUGGAGCAGGAACGAGCCCUGAUUGGUGGCUCUGGAUUCUGGGAUCUCAUGAAAGAGAUGUGGUUGAUUCCAGGGAACAGGAAGAGGGCGAUGAUUUCUAUCUUCUUGAUGAUUUGUCAACAGAUGACAGGGACAAAUGCUAUUAACUACUACAGUCCUCAGAUUUUUAAGAACCUUGGCGUUACCGGAAAUGCGACGAACCUUUUCGCGACAGGUGUCUACGGGAUUGUCAAAAUGAUCAGCUGCGGCGUCUUUUUGGUCUUCGUCGCUGACUCUCUCGGUCGUCGCCGAUCCCUCCUCUGGACAUCCGUCGCCCAAGGGUUAGCAAUGUUGUACAUCGGACUAUACGUGCGCAUCGCACCACCCGUGAAAGGUGCCCCUGUCAUACCCGCCGGGUACGUCGCUCUUGUAUGCAUCUUCCUCUUUGCGGCGUUCUUCCAGUUCGGCUGGGGUCCAGUCUGCUGGAUCUAUGUCUCCGAGAUUCCAACAGCAAGGCUGCGGUCAUUGAACGUUGCAUUUGGAGCCGCGACGCAGUGGUUGUUUAACUUUGUGGUUGCGAGGGCUGUGCCGAACAUGCUGGCUACUGUUGGUUCGAAUGGUUAUGGGACGUAUAUUAUCUUCUCGUGCUUCUGUUUCUCGAUGGGGGUCUUUGUAUGGUUCUUCAUUCCUGAGACUAAGGGCAUGUCGCUUGAGAAGAUGGAUGAUCUCUUUGGUGUGACGGAGUUGGUGCAGCAGAAGGCUGAGGACCCGGAGCGUACGCAGGCUGCGGAAGAUACAAACAAGGCUGCUGAAUCUCAUGUGGAGCAUGUUGCUCCACGGAGCAGAUUGAACUGA